UUUAUAGCUUUUCACACCAAUAAGGAGCUGGUGAGAAAGUACAUGAGCUCGCUACUGAUUGGGGAGCUGGCACCAGAUCAACCAAGUUUUGAGCCUAAAAAAAAUAAAUUGCUGGUAAAAGACUUCCAUGAGUUGCGUGCCACCAUUGAGAGGAUGGGGCUCCUCAAGACAAAUCAUCUCUUCUUUUUCCUGCUUUUCCUGCACAUUCUCCUGUUGGAUGUUGCUUCCUGGUUUGUUCUCUGGUAUUUUGGAACAUCUUUAGUGCCUUUCCUCAUUUCUGCACUACUGAUGACGAUUGCUCAGUCCCAAGCUGGUUUUCUGCAGCAUGAUUUGGGACACCUUUCUGUUUUCAGCAAUACCAAAUGGAAUCAUUUGGUUCAUGAAUUUGUGAUGUGCCAUUUGAAGGGGCUUUCAGCAUCCUGGUGGACUCUCCAUCAUUCUCAGCACCAUGCCAAGCCCAACUGCUUCAAUAAAGACCCUGAUAUUUCUAUGCAUCCCUUAGUAUUUGCUUUGGGGAAGAAACUCUCGGUGGAGCUUGGCAUGCAGAAGAAGAAAUAUAUGCCUUACAAUCACCAGCACAAAUACUUCUUUAUUAUUUUUCCAGUUUUGGUGGCUAUACUAUUUCAAGGAUACUCUUUGUACUUCAUAGUCCAACGCAAAAUUUGGAGGGAGCUAGCUUGGACUCUGGCCUAUUAUAUCCGACUCUUUUUUGCCUUUGAGCCAUUGCUGGGAAUUAAGGGUCUCCUGGGUUUCUUCCUGCUAUUCAAGCUCUUGGAGAGUACCUUGUUUACCUGGAUUUCCCAGUCGAACCAUAUCGCAAUGCACAUAGAUUAUGAUAACAACAUGGACUGGUUUUCUACACAGCUCCAGGCAACAUGCAACGUGGACCAGUCUCUGUUCAAUGACUGGUUAACUGGACACUUGAACUUCCAAAUAGAGCACCAUCUUUUCCCCACAAUGCCUCGACACAACUAUUGGAAGGUGGCUCCUUUAGUGAAGUCUUUGUGUGCCAAACAUGGUAUUGAGUACAAGAGCAAGCCCCUGCUCUCUAGCUUUGCAGAUAUUUUACACUCCCUGAAGGAUUCAGGGGAACUCUGGCUCAAUGCCUAUUCACAUGGAUAAGAAAAAGUAACUUCUAUGGAGAAACCAUAUUUGAUUGCUAUGAAUAUGGGAAGUCAGUAGAGGAGAAGCAGAUUUAGGCUGAUAUGUGGGCCUCUUUUUCAGGUGGUGGAUAUGGUGAGCUUAAUUCCAGUGUGAGCGUAAGGUAUUUUACCUAUCAA